AUGAGGGUGUUCGUGGACACUAAGUUUGGCCCAACCUUCACCUUCGAUCUUGAUCGUCACAGUAAAGUGUUUGAUAUCAAAAAGAGUAUCGAGAACUCUCAAGGUAUCCCUGUUUCCAUGCAAACGCUUUACUUCGAUGGCUUUGAGCUCUCUCUAGAUCAUUAUCAGCUCAAAGCAUACCGUAUCGUCAAUAACUCUCGCCUCCUCCUCGAAGUACGUGAUGAUCACGUCAACAAUCAAAUGCAAUAUCCUUACGCAAUUCAAGGGUUCGUCCCUUCCAUGGCGACGAGCAACUAUUACGAUCACAUGCCACCGUUCCAUGCAAGUGAAUCUUUCUUGAAUCAAGAUUUACGUAUGAUGCCGCCGAGGAGCAAUCAAAUUCUUCAUCAAACGCAGAUAUCUCCAGUGCCACUGUCACAUGCAAGUGCAUAUUUCUAUAAUCAAUAUCAGCGUACGAUGAACCAAUUGCCACCGUCACAUGCAACUAGUGAAACUUUCUAUAAUCAAGAUCAGCGUGCGAUGAACCAAGUGCCACCGUCACAUGCAAGUGAAGCUAAUUUCUAUAAUCAAGAUCAGCGUACGAUGAACCAAGUGCCACCGUCACAUGCAAGUGAAGCUAAUUUCUAUAAUCAAGAUUGGCUUGUGAGCAACGAUGACCAAGUGUUUCAUCAACCCGAAGAAUCUGUACUGGAGUCAUUUUCAAUGGACGAGUUUCUUGAAAGAGUUCAAGAGCCUUGGACAGCCCAAGAAACCAGAAAAAUGCAAGGUAUCUGGCCUGAGACAACGGGAGAAGAAGUCGUCAACGUUCAAGAAUCGUCUGGGAGAGCCAACAAGAAUCAAGAUUUGUUUCAACCGCCGCAGAAGCUGACAGUGACCAUGACGCAGUAUGAUAAACCUGGGGGUAAUUUUCUGGUUGAUGUGAAUGCGAGUGAUAAUGUUGAAGAGCUGAGGAAACAGCUGGAGAAGUAUCAGUUAGAUCUGCCUGCAAAAGGGUAUUUCUUUAUGCACAAAGAGAGAGUGUUGGACGAUGGAAAGUCCUUCAGCAUGAACCGAGUAGCUAACGGUGAUACCAUUGAGAUUUUGCCCGAACCUGAUAUCAAGGACUUCUGUACAUAG